AUGCAUGUGGCAGUGAUAAUGGAUGGCAAUGGUCGCUGGGCUCGCAAGCAGUUACAGGAACGGACCUUCGGGCACGAACAGGGCGUAUCUGUUUUGGAGAGCAUCGUUGAUGAAUGUAUCAACUGCGGAAUCCGCUUUCUCACUGUUUAUGCGUUCUCUACAGAAAAUUGGAGUCGUCCCCCUACAGAGGUUUCAUUUCUUUUUGAGCUCCUGAGUGCGGCCAUUCAACGCGUACGGACCACCUACAGAGAGAGGAAUGUUAAAGUUCAAUUCUGUGGAGAGCGAACCACACAGAUACCAGAAACUGUCAUCGCUGCAAUGAACUGUAUUGAACAGGACACAGCUGCGUGUACAGGCCUCAUCCUUUCCGUUUGCUUUAACUAUGGCGGUCACACAGAGAUCGCACAAGCCUGUAGAAGCGUCUUAGCUGAUUGUCUCGAGGGUGAUGCAGUGGAGAACAUCAAGACACGGCUUCAAAUGCCAAUAGAACAGUUCAUCCAACAGAUUGAUACACACCUCUAUGCAAAUUUGCCCCCUGUCGAUCUUCUUAUCAGGACGGGUUGCGAGAAGCGACUCUCGAAUUUCCUCCCCUGGCACUUAGCCUAUGCUGAAAUAAUAUUCAGCGACCUUCUCUGGCCUGAAUUCUCUGUUCGGGCCUUCAAAGAUUGUCUCGAUGAGUUUGCUUCGCGCACAAGACGGUUCGGAGGGGUCCAACUAUCCCCAAUGACGGGCGUUUACUCAGACACUCAUCCUCACUCCUCCACAAAUGCCCUAUCGAACCAUGACUGA